AUGCGCGAGCGAGACCGUAGAGAGCCUUACCCCCCUCGUCGACCAGAUGACCGGCGGCCGGACUCUCGUCUUGACACUCGUCUUGAGAUCCGCCCUGAGCGAAAAGACGCGCCUCCCACACUACCAAAGACCAAGAUUGUUAUAAGGAAGCGUGUAAAACCUCGACCGACUCUUUCUCCUGACUUUGCUGCAUCGGACUCGGUAUACUACCGGAAGCCAGGCAACGAGUCCGUCGUUGGUUCUGGUACUUACGGCAAAGUUUUCAAGGGUGUACACGUCUAUACUAAGGAUAUGGUUGCACUCAAGAAGAUACGAAUGGAGGGUGAGCGCGAUGGCUUUCCUGUCACCGCUAUUCGAGAGAUCAAGCUCUUACAGUCGCUCAACCACGUCAACAUUGUCAAGCUGCAAGAAGUCAUGGUCGAGAAGAACGACUGCUUCAUGGUUUUUGAAUACUCAGCUCACGACCUCACGGGUCUCUUGAACCACCCUACCUUCAAACUCGAGGAGUCGCACAAGAAGGAUCUAGCCAAGCAGCUAUUUGAAGGGCUUGACUACCUACACCGGAGGGGUGUUCUACACCGCGAUAUCAAGGCCGCGAACAUUUUGGUGUCCAACACGGGCCAGCUGAAGCUUGCAGAUUUUGGAUUGGCGAGAUUCUACGCAAAGAGUGGGAAAUUAGACUACACCAACCGCGUCAUCACGAUCUGGUACCGAUCCCCCGAACUCCUGCUCGGCGAAACCCAGUACGGCCCCGCAGUCGACAUCUGGUCCGCAGCAUGCGUACUCGUCGAGAUCUUCACACGGCACGCCAUCUUCCCCGGCGACGGCGGCGAAAUCAACCAGCUAGAUAAAAUCUACCACGUCCUCGGCACGCCCACGGUAGCAGACUGGCCCGGCAUCGUCGACAUGCAGUGGUUCGAGCUGCUGCGCCCCACGGAGCAGCGCACGUCCGUCUUUGAGGAAAAAUACAAGGAUAGAGUUAGUCCCAUGGCGUUUGAACUGCUGCAGGCUAUGUUCUUGUAUGAUCCGGCGGCGCGCCCGACCGCCGCGGAUGUCCUCGAGCAUCCGUUCUUCGCCAGUGAGGCCCCGGUUCCGAUGCGUGCUGAGGCGCUGAAGGAACUGCAGGGCGAUUGGCAUGAGUUUGAGAGUAAGGCGCUGCGCAAGGAGAAGGAGAGGGUUGAUAAGGAGGCGCGAAGGGCGGCGAGGGAAGAGACGGCGCGGAAGGAGGAAGGGAAACGCAGGAUGGAGGUUGAUAGUGAGCGGGAGGCUAAGCGCGCGAAGAGUGGUGAGGGGGAGGUUGUUACUUAG